UGUUCGAUCUUGCUUAGAAAACACCGCACCAAGAAUAAAAAGAAGAAGAAGCAAACCAGCAGGGUGCGUGCGCAUUACCAUGGAUCAGAACGACGGGGAGGGCCAGCAGGUCGGCCUCGGUGACGAAGAAGAAGCACUGUGGGCACAAGAAGAUGACCAACAAGUGCCGUCGGAGAUGACGGGCGGCCAGAGCGGGAGAUCACUAUCGAUGGAGGUGAACAAGGAGGCACCGGUAUCAACGAUAUCAAUGCAGCCGCCGUUGUCCUCGCCGUUGCGUGCUGCGUCGGCCACCUUCAGGGAGAUCCUUUCCCGCUCCCUCUCCCUCUCCGGCAAUCACCAUGAGGAUCAGGUCGAGCUGAAAUGGGCGGCCAUCGAGAGGCUGCCCACAUCCGAGAGGCUCCAUACCUCGCUGUUCCGUGCUCGCCUUCCUAGUCCUGGCCUUCACGAUGGACACCAUGGGAAUGGAGACCACAGAUGUGCGCCGCGGUUGGAGGUGGUGGACGUGCGGCGGCUGGGGGCGACGGAGCGACGGGUGGUGGUGGACACCCUCAUCGCCAACAUCCAACGUGACAACCUCCGCCUCCUCCGCAAGCAGCGCCAGAGGAUGGACAGGGUCGGCGUUGGGGCGGCGACGCUGGAGGUGCGGUGGCGCGACGUGUCUGUUGAGGCAGAAUGCCAGGUGGUGCCAGGAAAGCCGCUCCCCACGCUCUGGAACGCCACCAUCUCCAACCUCUCUGUGGUGAGCAACAUGCUGGGGUUGGGCUUCAACCGCCAGAAAGCAAGCAUUCGCAUUCUCGACAAUGUCAGCGGCAUCAUCAAGCCUUCUAGGCUGACGCUUCUCUUGGGACCUCCCGGCAGCGGCAAAUCCACCCUGUUGAAGGCACUCGCGGGAAAGCUCCAAACUAAUCACAAGGUAACGGGAGAAAUAGAGUACAAUGGUGCCAAGCUAAACGAGUUUGCUCCAGAGAAGACGGCAGCUUACAUCAGUCAGUACGACCUUCAUGUCCCUGAGAUGACUGUCAGAGAAACCCUCGACUUCUCUGCAAGAUUCCAGGGCGUUGGAAAUAGAGCAGAGAUCAUGAAGGAACUGAUUAGAAGAGAGAAGGAGGCCGGUAUUACCCCUGACCCUGACAUUGACAUGUAUAUGAAGGCAACAUCAGUGGAAGGUUUAGAAAGGAGCAUGCAAACAGAUUACAUUAUGAAGAUCAUGGGACUUGACAUAUGCGCUGACAUAAUGGUGGGAGAUGCAAUGAGAAGAGGUAUUUCAGGUGGUGAGAAGAAGAGACUAACCACAGGAGAGAUGAUAGUAGGGCCUUCAAAAGCACUCUUCAUGGAUGAAAUCUCAACUGGGUUGGAUAGCUCUACUACCUUCCAAAUUGUUUCUUGCCUCCAACAGUUGGCUCAUAUCUCAGAGUCUACCAUACUAACCUCACUCCUUCAACCAACACCAGAGACAUACAAUCUUUUUGACGAUAUUAUCUUGAUGGCUGAAGGAAAAAUUGUAUACCAUGGAUCCAAGAGUUGCAUUAUGAGUUUCUUUGAAUCAUGUGGAUUCAAGCGCCCUGAAAGGAAAGGAGAGGCUGAUUUUCUUCAAGAGGUCUUGUCGAAAAAGGAUCAACAACAAUAUUGGAGCCGUACUGGAGAAACAUACAAUUUUGUUACUGUCGACCAAUUAUGUGACAAGUUUAAAGCAUCUCAAGUUGGUCAGAAUCUUGUUGGAGAGCUUUCAAAGCCUUAUGACAAAUCCAAAGGGCAUGAAAAUGCCUUAUCCUACAGUAUAUACUCAUUAUCCAAGUGGGAACUCCUCAAGGCAUGUUUUGCAAGAGAGCUUCUCCUCAUGAAACGGAAUGCCUUCAUCUACAUAACAAAAUCUGUUCAACUUGGACUCCUUGCCGUUAUUACUGGGACGAUAUUUCUACGCACACAUAUGAGUGUUGACAGAGUUCAUGCUAACAAUUAUAUGGGUUCCCUCUUCUGUGCACUCCUUCUGCUGAUGGUGAAUGGGUUUCCUGAGCUGUCGAUGGUAGUUAGUAGACUCCCAGUCUUUUACAAACAAAGGGACUAUUACUUCUACCCUGCAUGGGCAUAUUCAAUACCAGCCUUUGUCCUAAAGGUUCCAAUCUCUUUAGUUGAGUCAAUAGCCUGGUCAUCAAUAUCAUACUUCCUUAUUGGGUAUACUCCAGAGGCAUCCAGAUUCUUUUGUCAGCUCCUCAUCCUCUUUCUAAUACACAUUGGAGCGUUGUCAUUGUUUCGAUGUGUUGCCUCAUACUGCCAAACAAUGACGGCUGGUUCAGUGGGCGGUACAAUGUCAUUUCUAGUCAUCCUUCUUUUUGGAGGUUUCAUCAUUCCUCGCCCAUCCAUGCCUAAUUGGCUCAAAUGGGGAUUUUGGUUCUCACCAUUGUCGUACGCUGAGAUAGGCUUAACUGGAAAUGAGUUCUUGGCACCAAGAUGGCAAAAGAUUACAGUGUCUGGUGUGACACUUGGAAGGAGAAUAUUAAUGGAUCGAGGGCUAGACUUCUCCAGCUACUUCUAUUGGCUUUCAAUUGGAGCAUUGAUUGGGUUUAUUUUGCUGUUCAAUAUAGGUUUUGCCAUUGGCUUGACUACCAAAAAGGCUCCUGGAACUUCUCGAGUUAUUAGCUCCCGUGAUAAACUUACCAUAUUGAAUGGACGGGACCAAGAUAAGAACAAGGAUACAGAGAAUUUGAUGCAUAAGUUAGGACCAAAAGCUUCUUUGACUGCAAACAAUACUGGGAGGAUGGUAUUACCUUUCAUGAUGCUUACAAUAUCAUUUCAGAAUGUGAACUACUAUGUGGACACACCAGCGGAAAUGAGGGAGAAAGGUUACAUGGAAAGAAAACUACAAUUACUACAUAACAUUACAGGAGCCUUCCAGCCUGGGGUCCUCUCAGCGCUCAUGGGGGUUACUGGAGCAGGGAAAACAACCCUGCUUGAUGUUCUUGCAGGGAGGAAAACUGGUGGAGUUAUUGAAGGAGAUAUAAGAAUAGGAGGUUAUCCUAAAAGUCAACAAACUUUUGCUAGGAUAUCAGGCUACUGUGAACAAAAUGAUGUUCACUCCCCACAUAUCACAGUGGGCGAGUCUGUUGCCUAUUCAGCCUGGUUGCGCCUUCCAACAGAAAUUGACUCAAAAACGAGAAAUGAAUUUGUCAACCAAGUCCUCGAAACUGUUGAGUUGGAUGAAAUAAGAGAUACUUUGGUUGGAAUACCAGGGGUAAAUGGGCUAUCUACGGAGCAGAGGAAGCGACUCACAAUUGCAGUUGAGCUUGUGUCGAACCCUUCAAUUAUAUUCAUGGAUGAGCCAACAUCAGGCUUGGAUGCAAGGGCAGCUGCUAUUGUCAUGCGUGCAGUGAAAAAUGUUGCAGACACAGGUCGAACAGUUGUCUGCACCAUUCACCAACCAAGUAUUGAAAUAUUUGAGGCAUUUGAUGAGCUGAUGCUGAUGAAAAGGGGUGGAGAGUUGAUCUAUGCAGGGCCGCUUGGACACCAUUCGUGUAAGCUUAUCAAUUAUUUCCAGGCAAUACCUGGUGUACCGAGGAUCAAGGAUAACUAUAACCCAUCAACAUGGAUGCUAGAAGUUACUUCCACACAUAUGGAAGCUCAAUUGGGAGUCAAUUUCACACAACUUUUCAGGGACUCAUCAAUGUGCAAAGAUAAGGAAACACUUGUAAAGCGCUUGAGCAUUCCACCUCCUGGUACGAGCAAUCUACAUUUCCCAACACGGUUCCCGCAGAAGUUUUUGGUGCAAUUAAAAGCUUGCCUCUGGAAGCAGUAUUUGUCGUAUUGGAGAACCCCUUCCUACAACCUGGUGCGAAUUGUGUUCAUAACGGUCUCCUGCAUUGCUUUUGGAGCAUUAUACUGGCAGCAAGGCAACAUAAACGACAUAAAUGACCAGCAGGAUUUAUUCACCAUAUUAGGGUGCAUGUUUGGCACCACUCUUUUCGCUGGCAUCAACAACUGCCAAUUGGUCAUGCCAUUCGUCUCCAUCGAGCGUUCUGUGGUGUACCGAGAAAUGUCUGCAGGAAUGUACUCUCCUUGGGCCUACUCCUUUGCACAGGUUGCUAUGGAGAUUCCUUAUGUACUUGUGCAGGUAGUGCUGUUCAUGUUCAUCGCAUAUCCAAUGAUAGGAUAUGCGUGGACAGCAACAAAGGUUUUUUGGUUCUUGUACACCAUGUUCUGCACGCUGCUCUAUUUCCUCUACCUUGGAAUGAUGAUGGUGUCACUCACGCCAAAUAUCCAACUGGCACCCAUAUUUGCAUCCAUGUUCUACACCAUUCAAAACCUCAUGUCUGGCUUCAUCGUCCCUGCUCCACAAAUACCGAAAUGGUGGAUUUGGUUAUACUACGCCUCCCCCAUGUCGUGGACACUCAACGUCUUCUUCACCACCCAGUUUGGAUAUGAGGACAACAAAAACAUUGUGGUAUUCGGGGAGACCAAGUCCGUUGCUGCAUUUGUGAGAGAGUACUUUGGUUUCCGCCGUGAGCUGCUACCGCUUGCAGCCAUAGUUCUAGCAGCCUUCCCCAUCCUCUUCGCCACCAUCUUCGGUUAUAGUAUCGCAAAGCUCAACUUUCAAAGGAGAUAAAAUGAUAAAUAAAAGAAAGCAAAACAUUGUUUUUGUAGUGUAGAUUAUUUUUUCUUUUUGCAUAUUUUUACAACAAUUAAAAAGCUAGUGUUUGUUUGCAUAUAUUAUACGAUGGCAUACCGCACUACCACAUCACUAGUUAUUGUUUGGAACAAGGAAUUGAGAAAACAUUUGAAGUUCCCUGGAAAAGCAUAUAUCGCCUUUCUCUUCAUUAUAGUUAGUUUCCCUGUUUUGUCCUGGAAGUGGAUAACCCUUUGUACCAGAGAUGGAGAAGUCUUUGUAACUAAAAGCUGUCUGUGACCUUUUUUUUUUUUUGUUAAACCAUGAUUGCAAACUAUAAUUUAACACGUGGCAUCAUGGAGCUAAGUGUUCAGAUGUAGAUCCUAUGCAUGAUUU